AGCUCGGUUCUCUCUUAUGGGAAGCUCUUCCCAACUCUGAAAAGCGGCGAGCUGCUGCCGGGACACGGCGAGGACGCGGCGAAGACCGAGGAGCAAGGGGGAGACGCAAUGAGCAGCGGGUGUGUCUGAAUACAUACACAGAGAGAAACCCACCUUAGGUGUAGGCAGGCGGCCAUCCCUCCUGAGUGAGGCUGGGGACGGUUGCAUGGUGGGAGACUCCCUGCAGGUUUGUGACAAGUCGCCGGAGACAGGUGGAUCCAGGCUGUGAUCUCUGAGCCGGGCAGCCUUUGUCUGAGGAGCCCACUGGGAGCAGGAAGCAAUGUCUUCAUUACAAGCCAAGAAGGGCUACUACAGGCAGGAGGUGAAUAAGACGAUGUGGGAGGUGAAGGAGCGGUACAAAGACCUCAUCGCAGUUGGAUCUGGAGCCUAUGGCACUGUUUGCUCUGCCAUUGACACCAGGACUGGGACAAAAGUGGCCAUCAAGAAGUUGUACCGGCCUUUUCAGUCUGAACUCUUUGCUAAAAGGGCUUAUAGAGAACUGAGACUACUGAAGCACAUGCAGCAUGAAAACGUAAUUGGAUUACUGGAUGUGUUUACACCAGACUACACACUGGAAAAAUUCAAUGAUUUUUAUCUGGUCAUGCCAUUCAUGGGUACCGACUUGGGCAAGAUAAUGAAGCAUGAAAAGCUCUCUGAAGAUCGAAUCCAGUUUCUGGUAUAUCAGAUAUUGAAAGGGUUAAAGUACAUUCAUUCAGCCGGCAUAAUCCAUAGGGACUUGAAGCCUGGUAACCUCGCUGUAAAUGAAGACUGUGAAUUAAAGAUCCUGGAUUUUGGCCUGGCGAGGCAUGCAGACAGUGAAAUGACGGGUUACGUGGUAACCAGAUGGUACAGGGCACCUGAGGUUAUUCUCAAUUGGAUGCACUACACACAGACAGUUGACAUCUGGUCUGUCGGAUGUAUAAUGGCGGAGAUGUACACUGGAAGACCACUGUUCAAGGGAAAUGACCAUCUGGACCAGCUUACUGAAAUAAUGAAAGUGACAGGAACGCCAACUCAAGAUUUUGUUCAAAAGCUCCAAAGCCCUGAAGCCAAAAGCUACAUAAAAAGUCUCCCGAAGGUACAGAAGAAAGACUUUGGAGCUUUGCUGAGAUAUGCGAACCCUCUGGCUGUGAACAUUUUGGAGAAGAUGCUUGUACUCGAUCCAGAAAAGAGGAUAACUGCGACGGAGGCUCUAAGCCAUCCUUACUUUGAGCAGUUCCAUGAUGUGGAUGAUGAGACAGAAGCUGACCCAUAUGAUGACUCGUGUGACAAUCUCGAACUUCCCCUUGAAGAAUGGAAACGUCUCACAUAUAAGGAGCUUUCUACCUUCAAAUCGCUCAUCAGCGAGUCAAAAGAAACAUCAGUAUAACUGUCCGAGCUGUAUAACAGCCGCAUAUGAAUUAUUGGACUUGAAACUGGAUGUAAUCUAUAUCAUCUCAUGUCUUAAGAAUCAUUUGUGUCAUUUGUGUGCAUCCGUUGGGGAUUUAGUGCCUUUUUGUGUGUUGCUUCAGCAGGGAUUUUGUCUAGCUUGAAUGUAAGCCUACUGCUGCAGUUUGUGUAAAUAAUGUGCAGAUAGUUUUAAUGAUAAGUGAACCAAAA